ACGCUUCAAUUCAACUACUGAAGUCAAUUCUCACUCUCUUAAAUUGUCGAAUUUUUUGUCAGUGCUACUCUAGAUGAUGGAAAUCGAUCAUGCGCUGAUUAACUGAUCCUCGGGCUUCGUGAUUCUCCGGUGCCGUCCGAUCAUUUUCUGGCGUCGACCGUUCUUUUUCAAGGCCCGAAACCAACCUCGAAUCUCAAUUUGGUGCCUUUACACAGGAGCGAGUACCGAAUCAGUGUCUCCGAAAUCGAAAUGGAGACAAAGUGAAGUGUUCUAAUCUUCGUAGAACACAAACAUGGCUCAAUCAGGUUAUAAUAUUAAUGAUCUAGUUCAAGAAGCUCAAAGGCGGUGGCUGAAGCCUGCAGAAGUGCUCUUUAUUUUGCAAAAUUAUCAGGAAGACCAAAUCACCAAUGAGCCCGCUAAAAAACCAGCAAGUGGAUCUUUGUUUCUUUUUAACAAAAGGGUUCUUCGAUUUUUCCGUAAAGAUGGUCACAGCUGGCGUAAAAAGAAAGAUGGGAGAACUGUUGGUGAAGCACAUGAACGGCUCAAGGUUGGAAAUGCUGAAGCUUUAAAUUGUUAUUAUGCACAUGGAGAGCAGAAUCCAAAGUUUCAGAGGCGUAGCUAUUGGAUGUUGGAUCAGGCAUAUGAGCACAUUGUUCUUGUUCAUUAUAGAGAUACUGAUGAGGGAAAGCAUAGCUCUGAAACCAUUUCACAAUUGUCAACUGGAUCCCCUUCUACAUUCAAUCAGAGUCCCAGCUCAUUUACUGCUCAACACCCUGGCUCUACUGCUGUCAUUACUGAACUAUAUGAACCCUAUCAGAGUCCAGGGUCUGUAGAAGUAAGUUCUGAUGCAGUCAUCAAGAAUAACGGGAUGGAUCACAUAGACGGGAUCAAAAGAAUGGGAGAGAUUAGUGGUUCAUCUGAGCCUGAAGUAACUCAAACAUUGCAAAGGCUUAAGGAGCAGUUAAGUUUGGAUGAUGGUAAUUUGGAAGAAAUUUUACCAUUCCGCACUGAGAUUGAGAAUUCAAAUGAUUCAGAAUACAUCAUAAAUGGUCAAUGUAGACCUGCUGCAUCUCCAGAUGAUUUAGACAAUCUUGUGUUGCAACGAGAGUCAGGUGGCAAUGGGAAACACAAUCACAAAGCAUUGGCGCAAGAAUUUACGGUUGAACGGGAAGACUCUUUAUAUUGGAAAGAGAUGCUAGAGUCCUACCAGAGUUCACCACGUGCCCAGUUCCAAGAGAAAAAUUUACGCACCUUGGAUGGAAAUGGAAUGCUACUACCUGACUCAAGCAAGAGUCUCCCUAAAGUGCAAGAAGGAUGUCAUUUGAUAAAUUUUGGUGGACAUAAUUUGCUAAAGUGUGAUGAUUUCCUAACUCUUGGCAGCAACACGAAUCAGCAACUUUCAGCACCAAGCUCUGAGAGCCCCUUGGCAUUACCAGAUUCCAUGUCACUAUCUGAAGGAGUUAAAAAUUUCAAUUUUCCUGCAUAUUCUCCUGAAACAAAUAUUCGUCAUACUGAACCCAACUACUUUACAACAUUAUUUGACCUAGAUCUUGAUACAGAUACAAGUUUAACUAUUGCACAAAAACAGAAAUUUACAAUUCGAGAAAUAUCCCCAGAAUGGGGUUAUGCCUUUGAGGCUACGAAGGUUGUUAUUGUUGGAUCUUUUCUGUGCAAUCCAUCAGAAGCUGCAUGGACUUGUAUGUUUGGUGACAUCGAAGUACCUGUUCAGAUCAUCCAGGAAGGUGUCAUAUGUUGCCAGGCUCCUCCUCACCUUCCUGGAAAGGUGACUCUUUGUAUCACUUCUGGGAAUCGGGAGUCCUGCAGCGAAGUCAGAGAGUUCGAUUACCGUGUUAGUCAAAGUAUUUGUGCUCAUUGUAGUUCAUCCCAAAAAGAAACAACUAAGAGUCCGGAAGAACUGCCCUUACUUGUCAGGUUUGUACAGAUGCUUUUGUCUGAUCCUUUGGUGCAGAACGAAGACUUUACUGGUUCAGGAAUAGAUUUAUUGGGCAAAUUCAAAGCUGGCGAAGAUUCAUGGGUCCAAGUUAUUGAGGCUCUUCUAGACGGCAGUUGGACUUCAUCAAGUACAACAGAUUGGCUUCUGCAAGAACUUUUAAAAGACAAGUUACAACAGUGGCUUUCUUCUAGAUCCCAAGGAGGAUGCGAUCAGCAAGGUUGUUCCUUGUCUAAGAAAGAGCAAGGGGUACUUCACAUGGUUGCUGGAUUGGGAUUUGAGUGGGCCUUAAAUCCAAUUCUCAAUUCUGGAGUUGGAGUAAAUUUCCGUGACAUUAAUGGAUGGACUGCCCUUCAUUGGGCUGCACGAUUUGGAAGAGAAAAAAUAGUUGCCACACUCAUAGCAUCUGGUGCAUCAGCCGGGGCAGUGACAGAUCCCAAUUCACGAGAUCCUAUCGGUAAAACACCAGCAUCCAUUGCUGCCACCUUUGGACACAAGGGACUUGCCGGUUAUCUUUCUGAGGUGGCCCUAACUAGCCAUCUUUCAUCCCUCACACUGAAAGAAAGUGAGCUGUCUAAAGGCUCGGCCGAUGUGGAAGCUGAAAAUGCUGUAAAUAGUAUCUCACAGAUGAGUCUUUCUAUAAAUGAGGAUCAGCUUUCUCUUAAAGACACUUUAGCUGCGGUCAGGAAUGCAACUCAAGCUGCUUCACGUAUACAAGCUGCGUUUCGUGCACAUUCUUUCAGAAAAAGGCAACAGAGAGAAGCUGCUAGUGUAGAUGAGUAUGGUAUCCUUUCAAAUGAAAUUCCCGAGCUUUCAUCGAAAUUGGCUUUCCGCAAUGCACGUGAUUACAAUACAGCUGCUCUAUCUAUUCAGAAGAAAUAUAGAGGAUGGAAAGGUCGCAAGGAUUUUCUUGCAAUUCGCCACAAAGUGGUGAAGAUACAGGCUCAUGUUAGAGGUCAUCAGGUUAGGAAGCAAUAUAAGAUAAUCUGUUGGGCUGUUAGUGUUCUAGAAAAGGUUAUAAUAAGAUGGCGCCGGAAAGGGGUUGGAUUGCGGGGAUUUCGGCCCGAGAUGGAAUCCAUUGAUGAAAGUGACGAUGAAGAAGACAUUCUCAAGGUAUUCCGCAAACAGAAAGUGCAUGGAGCUAUUGAUGAGGCUGUCUCGAGAGUGCUGUCCAUGGUUGAAUCUCCUGAGGCACGUCAUCAAUAUCGCCGCUUGCUUGCAAGAUACCACCAAGCUAAGGCUGAAGUUGGAGCCGCGGAAAGUGAAAUAACAUUAACUUCUCAGAGUGAUGUUUCCUCUAUGGAAAAUGAAGAUUCACCCUGGUACCCGUAGAUUCAACUUCUAAUCCUCUUUUAACUGCAUCCAUCCUCUUUUGGUAUGCUAUUUUUGACAGAAGCCACUAUAGAUAUCUUUUGGUUCAAUCUGUAUAUUGUGGUUUGAAUUUUAGCUAUUGUAGAGGGUUGUUAAUAAUCAAGCCCUUAGAUAUAUACAUGCUUCUUGUAAAUGGUAAUUGAUGGGUUCAACUGGGCUGGAACCACAGUUUUCUCUCUCUCUCUCUCUCUCUCUCCCCUAGUUAUUUGGAUACUUACCAUGGUUUGGAGGAACAAUGGCACAGUAGUGUGGUUUAUCGGUUACUCAAAAUGAAAUCAACUUACAUA